GAUGCCAUGUCCACCUGCUAAGUGCCUUAGCCUUCGGCACGGAUGUCAUGACCAGCUUGAAGCACCCACCCAUGGAACGGACUGUGGGAGGUUCUGUCCCAGCCACCGAUGAAUUUUACACCCAGCACCUGCGUAUGGUGUGUGGGAGGGCUGUUCCACCGGGCAAAGACGUUGUACACACCACUGUGAGCACAGGAGUGCCUAAAAUGGGUGUAAGGGCUCGGGUGGCCGACUGGCCCCCCAGGAAAGAGCCUCUUUGGCAGUCAGCAGAGGCAGAGAACUCUGCUGUGCCCUCUGCUGGAAAAAGUCACAUUAAACUAGGCUCUCUGAUGAGCCUUCAGGACUCGUCGAUGCUGCGUAACAUCCAUAACACCCUCAAGAAUCGCACACAGACCCAGACGAAUAAUUACAGCCCAGACACACUGUAUUUGACCUCUGGAGAUUACAGAGGCCCUAAGCUCAGACACCCAAGGCAGCGACGAGCGCAUCAGCGUAGCAACAGUGACAUGGCUGUUGGUGAAAUGGAUGCAGGCGGGGACAGUGGAGAAGAGUGGGGUCCGAAUUCAGGAACUAAAUGGUCCCCUCUUCACCGUGAAUAUGGUAGCACCUCGUCCAUAGACCAGCAUGGCGUGUCUGGAGAGAACUUUUUUGAAAUGCUCAAAGGUUACCAGGGGAACAAGGUCGACCAACGGAACUCCGUUCCAGAAAAACUGGAGGACAUGCUGGACAUUGGGUCCCAGCAGGCCGCGAUUGAUCUACAGGACGAAGUUGACAGCCGGCCUCUCAAAGCCAAAGACAGAGAUAAGCCUCCCAAAAGACGCACCAAAUCUGAGACAGGGGGUGAGUCAAUAUUACGUAAGCUUAGAAACGUGCGGGGUGAACAGGACUCUUCCAGAGUAGGGUCCGACGUAGAGGACAGCAGGACAGAAGACCUGGGCCCGCCCUUCAAGCCCUGGCUGUGUCAGAACGGAUUUUCCCACUACGAUGUUCAGAGCUUGUUGUUCGACCUCAACGAAGUCAUUCAGUCGCGGCAGACUGCGGGAAAGAGGAAAAACACCACCACUGGGGCGUCUGCUGCUGCUGUAGCCUCGGCUACCUCCACCCUCUCCUCCACCCAUAGUCUGCCUUACAGCUCCCCAAGUGGCAGCCAGGAAGAGCUCAGUUCCAGAGACAGUCCUGGGCUGGAUGCAGGAGAUGAACAGAGCAACGAAAUGCUGUUGAGCUGCCCGUGCUUCCUCAAUGAGAUCGGUACCGAUCCCAACGCAAGGCGCAGGUUAACAGCAGGAGGUGCGGGGUAUAAUAGACUAGUUGGGUGUGAUGCGGGUAACAGCGGCUCAGGGACCCUGGGGGUGGACGUGAACUUGUACGAAACAUCUGUGAGCACGCACUGCACAAAUGCCGGGAUAGCUGUGCUCGAAGGACCAAAGGAAGGCCCCAGUACGCUGAGUGAACGAGGCAAACAGUACAUCAUUGAGCACGUGGACCGCGGAGCGUACUACUACAGGAACUUCUUCUAUCUAAACGAGCACUGGAACUAUUUCGGGAUAGAUGAGACACUGGGUCCAGUAGCAGUGAGUUUACGUCGGGAGAAGCUGGAAGAGGACAAGGACCACGGGCAGCAAUACAACUAUCGCCUCAUUUUCAGAACUAGCGAGCUGACAACGCUGCGAGGUUCUAUCCUGGAGGACGCAGUUCCCUCCACCUCUAAGCACGGCACCAGCCGAGGGUUACCCACCAAAGAUGUGUUGGAGUAUCUCCUCCCUGAGCUGGACCUGUCCUGUCUCAGACUGGCCCUCAACACACCAAAAGUGACCGAGCAACUCAUGAAACUGGAUGAACAAGGGCUGAGUUUUCAGGUAAAGGUGGGGGUGAUGUACUGCCGUGCAGGCCAGAGCACUGAAGAGGAAAUGUACAACAAUGAGACGGCCGGUCCCGCCCUGGAAGAGUUUCUUCAACUUCUGGGAGAGAAAGUUCGCCUUAAGGGCUUCACCAAGUACAGAGCCCAGCUGGACACCAAAACGGAUUCAACGGGAACCCACUCCUUGUACACUUCAUACAAGGACUACGAGAUCAUGUUCCAUGUGUCGACGCUGCUGCCUCACACACCCAACAACAAACAACAGUUGCUGAGGAAACGCCACAUUGGGAACGACAUCGUGACCAUUGUGUUCCAGGAGCCUGGAGCUCAUCCCUUCACACCCAAGGCCAUUCGCUCUCACUUUCAACAUGUGUUCAUCCUCGUCCGGGUGCACGAUCCUUGCUCUGACAACACGUGCUACAGCGUCGCUGUGACCCGUUCUCAGGACGUUCCCGUCUUCGGCCCCCCAAUACCCAAGGGCGUGACCUUCCCCAAGUCCACCGUCUUUAGGGAUUUCUUGUUGACCAAAAUCAUCAACGCCGAGAACGCUGCCCACAAGUCCGACAAGUUUGGAGCCAUGGCAACGCGCACGCGCCAGGAGUAUCUGCGGGAUUUGGCAGAGCGUCAUGUGACCACCACUCCAAUAGAGCCCACUGGGAAGUUCCCAUUCAUCUCUCUGGCCCACAAGCGACGCGAUAAGACUCGUCCGUACAGUGGGGCGGAGCUGCGAAGUCUGGGGGCGGUGACCUGGCAGGUGCACGCGGAAGACCAAGUAGCCUGCAUGGAGCGCGAGUGCCUGUUGGCCAUCUCCAAUGACGAUAGCGCGGCGAGAGCGUCACCCUGCGCUCCAUCAACAACAACACAGAGGACUUUGGAGAGGUGGUCAAAAGACUGGAGGUCACUUUUGACCAAAGGCUGUCAGACCACGGAGAUGACCCUGCGCCGCAACGCUCUGGGCCAACUGGGUUUUCACGUGAAUUUCGAGGGCAUCGUUGCAGAAGUGGAGCCCUAUGGUUAUGCCUGGCAGGCUGGGCUGAGGCAGGGCAGCCGACUGGUGGAGAUUUGCAAAGUGUCGGUGGCCUCGCUGUCUCACGAGCAAAUGAUCGACCUGCUGCGCACCUCUGUGACCGUGAAGUUUUUAAUUCACAAAUUUCCAUUUUUCAAUUUCAGCGUCGCUGUGACCCGUUCUCAGGACGUUCCCGUCUUCGGCCCCCCAAUACCCAAGGGCGUGACCUUCCCCAAGUCCACCGUCUUUAGGGAUUUCUUGUUGACCAAAAUCAUCAACGCCGAGAACGCUGCCCACAAGUCCGACAAGUUUGGAGCCAUGGCAACGCGCACGCGCCAGGAGUAUCUGCGGGAUUUGGCAGAGCGUCAUGUGACCACCACUCCAAUAGAGCCCACUGGGAAGUUCCCAUUCAUCUCUCUGGCCCACAAGCGACGCGAUAAGACUCGUCCGUACAGUGGGGCGGAGCUGCGAAGUCUGGGGGCGGUGACCUGGCAGGUGCACGCGGAAGACCAAGUAGCCUGCAUGGAGCGCGAGUGCCUGUUGGCCAUCUCCAAUGACUUCAUCGUCCUCCUGGAUCAGGAGGCCAAAGCGGUGGUUUUCAACUGUGCCACACGUGAUGUGAUUGGCUGGUCGACAGGGAGCCCCGCCUCGCUGAAGAUCUUCUAUGAGCGCGGUGAGAGCGUGUCCCUGCGCUCCAUCAACAACAACACAGAGGACUUUGGAGAGGUGGUCAAAAGACUGGAGCUUUUGACCAAAGGCUGUCAGACCACGGAGAUGACCCUGCGCCGCAACGCUCUGGGCCAACUGGGUUUUCACGUGAAUUUCGAGGGCAUCGUUGCAGAAGUGGAGCCCUAUGGUUAUGCCUGGCAGGCUGGGCUGAGGCAGGGCAGCCGACUGGUGGAGAUUUGCAAAGUGUCGGUGGCCUCGCUGUCUCACGAGCAAAUGAUCGACCUGCUGCGCACCUCUGUGACCGUGAAGGUGGUCAUCAUUCCUCCGCAUGACGACUCCACACCACGCAGAGGCUGCUCAGAAAUCUACCACAUGCCACUGGUGGACUACAAGAACCACAAAGAGGGCAUGCCCUACGAGCUGAAGUUCCCCUUCCGCUCCACCAACAACAACAAGUGGCCACGCACCUCCUCCAGCCCACAAACGCGGGCCGCUGGCACAGUGGGAACGCUCAUCAAGGCCCCGCCCUCGGACGUCAACGACCGCAACUCCGCUGUCAUUCCGCGCAGCGUGUCCAGCGACGGUCGGCCGAUCAACCCCAAAAGAUAUUCACCGGGGAACGACAACUACGCCGUGGCCUGCUCCAUCGUCAUGGGACGCACACUGCACAACACCAACUCCCCCUCCUCCAUACCUUACAAUGAAUCCAUGAGCUCCGCCCACUGGAGGCAGAAGUCGGCCCAUGACGGGUAUAACAACAACAACUGCCAGACCCCGGUGUCGUCAGGGCGACAGGUCGGUGGCGAAGGCAUGAAUGGGAUCAAAGUUUCCCCAAGUGCAGGGGUUGGAUGGUGCCGGACAGGAGAGGUCGACAAGAGUAGUCCAGAUACUGUGGUUUCUAAGAUGCUGAUUCCCAGAAUGCAGCUGGCAGAACAGGGCAACCAUAUGUCUCCAAAUAAAAGCACUAAGGCUGAUGCUCAGUAUUCGUCCAGUCAGUCCAGCAGCAACACACUCUCCAGCAACGCCUCCAGCUCCGCCCACAGUGAUGAGAAAUGGUACGACGCGGGCUCACGUUCAGGAAUCCGGGGCGACCUGGAGCUGAACGGCUACCUCCAGGGCGCCUCCGCGGACAGCGGCAUCGAUGCCACGUCCUUUACUGCCACGCAAAGCAGCACCGCCUCCUCCACUGGGGCUUUCAGGGUCAAAGACAAAAUGUCAUGGCAGGAAGAUGCAGCCGGCGGGCCGAGGGUGGCGAGCACUUCUCCUCCAACACUGGACUCCCACGCUGCCGUCGGCGUCUCUGACGUCCAACCUGGUUUUGAAAAUGGCUCCUUCGGCGUCAACGACACCGCCUCCCAUUCCAGUUCACAGAACUCUGGUCCCAGAGGAAGUCCGAUGGGUCAGGUCUGCAGCUCCGUGUCACAGCAGGAUGAGACGUCGGCUGCAGGAGCCGCUUCAUCCACGCCCCACAACAGCCAGUCACCCGGGACUAAGAGUUUCUACCCUCGACAAGGAGCGACCUCCAAGUACCUGAUUGGCUGGAAGAAGCCCGGGGGAACUGUUAACUCUGUGGACUUUGGCAGUACUCGCAAGCGACACCAGAGUGACGGUCUGCUGGGAAGUCACCCGCAGCUCAGGGCAAACCUCCGCGGCUCCCAGUCUCCACACCGAUACACGGCCAAGUCCAGCCUGGAGGAAGACUUGAAGAAACUCAUCACACUGGACAGUCCUCCACCUGUUACAAGUGAUGAGAAGCCUCUGUUUCCGGGGCCUCCACCCACUCGACGCUCCCUCCAGAGAACCCUGUCGGAUGAGAGCAUCUACCGCGGGCAGAGGGAGGCGCCCUCAUGUGGACAGCGUGACACGCCAACUGACCUUCUGUUCAGCUGCUCCACUCUUCCGCGCUCACCCACGGCUCGCCAAGGACCCAGCCGGCGAGCGUCGCACAAAUCCCUGGGAGACCUUUCGGCCACCGCCAGCUCAGAACUGGAGCAGGACAGGAAGAAGAAGCAGCAGCAGCUGCAGGAAACUGCCCUGAUGCCCCUGCCUGACCACGGGGCAGAUGGUCCCCUGGACUGGGCUCACCUGGUGGAUGCUGCCAAGGCCUUUGAGGAGCAGCGACUGGUCUUCUUAGCAGCUCAAGAGGAGACCACCGUGGCAGAGAGUGCAGCAGCCGGCCCCCCACAGCAGGCUGAGCCUCAGGCAGCCCCAGUGAGACAGCAACCCUCACCGGGGGAGACCCCGGCCUCUCUGAUGGGGAAGGUCAGCCAGCUGGAGUCAAUGGUCAAGACCCUGCAGGAUGACCUUAAGAGGGAGAAAGAGGCCAAGGCGUCCCUGCAGGUCCAGAUCCAGAGCCUGCGGGAGGACAACCAGCGCCUCCUGGAGGAGUCGUACAGCGCCUCGGCCAAACUGAAGAAGUUCACUGAGUGGGUCUUUAACACCAUAGACAUGAACUGAUGCACACACACACACACACACACACUGCCCACUGCUCUGUUCAAACCAGGACCAGACUGAUCAGAACCCGGGUUUGUCCAGAACUGAAUCACCUCCGUUCUUACUUUUUAAAAUUACAUUUCACAGAAUGAGCCGUUUGAAACAAACCAGUGCCAACGUGGACUGGGAAGAAUAUUCCAUCUUUUCCAGUCUUUGUACAGCGGCAGUUUAAUCAGCAUCAAAGACGACUCACUGGUACAAGGAAAGUACACAGUAGUACGGGCACAGAGAGCAGCGGUCCAACUGUGUCAGUGUGGAUCAGCAUGUACCCCCCCCCCCCCCCCCCCCCCCCCGCCCCCACCA